AUGGACAUGCAGGAGAUCCCUUUCAUGCUCAAGACAACUGAAAUCGAACUUCUACUUACCCUCCUCACCCCCUCCCUUCAUCUCGAUUGCUUCGACCCCUUGCCCUACCGCGACUUCUCCUACCAGUGCUCUUGCUCCCUCUGCCAGCAGCCCCACCAGCUGCCGCAUCGCAGCGAGGAGGCGGCAGUGACGUGCGACGAGCUGAGGUACCUCCCGCUGGGGCCGACGGGGAGGUGGCAAAGCUCGCUCGGGGCCGAGGCCAUGCGGCGGGCCGAGGCCGCGCUGGCGGAGCAAGCGAGGGAGGACGGGGCGUGGGAGGGGUCGAGGAGCAGCAGCCCGAGCGAGAGCCCGAGCGAGAGGGAGGGGGCGGAGGCUACGGCGACGGCGGGACGGGAGAAGCGGGGGAGGUCGUGGUCGGAGGAGGAGAGGGAGCGGCACAAGAAGGCGUGCCGGGGGAAGGGGAGGCUGUCGGCGAGGGAGAGGCAGGAGAUCGAAAAUAGAUUUGAUGCAUGCAUCUGA